AUGGCGCCGGUGGUCAGGGUGCUAAUGCUGGUCAGGGUGCCACUAGUUGUCAAGACGGUCAAGGUGGUAGAGGUACUCAGGGUGCUGGUGGUGCUGGUGCCGGUCAGCAAGGUGCCUUUGGUGGUCAACACCAGGGUAAUCAGUAACUUGGCAAUCAGGGGCAACAAGGCUUUGGGUCCGGUGGCUUUGGACCAAGUGGUUUCGGCCUUGAGAGGCGGCUACGGUGGCUGGCACCAAGAGCAACCACCACAACAACAUGAGGAACCAGGCAUUGUGUUCAAGGUGCUCAAGGUGCUCAAGGCUUCAACAAUGGCACUCAGCAGCAGGGGCAAUUUGGCAACCAGAAUGGACCCAGACCAGGCGGACCUAGUGGACGUCGCCGGUUUCAGGGCUUUCAGAACCCUUGUGCCAACCGUCAUCAUGGCUAAGCUACUCGAGGAAAUAAAAGUCGGAUUGUUCUACUAGAUAUGCUGGUUUACGGCAAAGGUUUGUUGCGAAGGGUUCACCUUGAAUACUUACCGUUCCUUGCUUUUCCUGGGCAGCUAAGGGGCAUGAUCUGAGCGUGGGGUGGAAAAAUGGAAGGUAAUUUGAGGUAUGUUGUCCCUCGGUGUAAAGUGCGAGGGGCG